GAGCUGGCCGUGAUUGCACGUUUGGUAAGCUGCCGGUCUUAGUUUACUAGGCUGUAGUGUGUCUGCGAGGAAUUGGAAGUUGGAACAUCCGCCGCCCAACUCAUGGUUGCCAGCCUUUUAGAAGAAAGAAAUAGGAAAAUAAAAUAUAGUUUUUGAGACAGGGAGAGAGAGAUUUAUACAAACUCCAAGAAGUAAGGGACGGAAAGUGAGAAUUUUUUUGCUUGGCAUUAUCCGUCUGAAAAAAAAAAAAAAAAAAACAUUUUUGGGUGAGAGGAGAGAUAGCUGGAUUUGUUAUUCGUAGAUCAAACAAUAUUUUUCUGUCUCCCUCUCUUUCUCAUCACCUGUUUUUCUAACCCCCACUACAGGAUCACCAUCCCAUCAAGUAAAUUUGUAUUUCUUGCGGAGAUAUUUGGGGGCUGGUCUGGUAAUGCAAUGGAUGGGGUGGAAAAGAAAGUGGGGCUCUGAUAAGAACGAGGUUUUCUUUGGUUUGGAACAGAAAUUCUAAUCUUUGUUCUGGGUUGUUUUUCUUCGUGGUGAGUGUAUGGAUUCGAGUGAUAAACCCAAGAGGCUCUACAAAGUUUGGAAGGGAAGCAAUUUAGGGAGCUAAGUAUAUGGGUGAUUGGGGGACAACAAACAAAUGGAAGAGUCGACGCGGUUUCUAUUGAUUAUUAUCUUACCACGCUACCAAAGCAUAACUAGGACAUUGCAGCAUGAUUUGUUCACCAGAAGAAAAAAAGGGAAAGAAGAGUAAAUCUUAAAGUUUUCUGUUUUAGUUUGUCAAGGCCCAAGGAUGGGAGAAAAGGAAUGGAAGUGUGAAAAAAUAGCUGGUCCAAAUUUUCGUUUGGGAAUAAGUAAAUUUUUAUGUGGUGGGAGAUUGAUAUUUGGUCCUGAUGUGGCCUCUCUUUUUCUAUCCAUGUUCCUUAUCGGAGGCCCUGCAAUUGCUUUCUGUAUAAAUGUAUAUCUUAAGAUCAAAGAUGACAACGACAAGAACCAUGGACUUUGGUGUUCUGUGUUGUUUGUGGGCUCAAUUCUAACUGUUUUGGAUUUAACAUUUCUCUUCUUGACCUCUGGAAGAGAUCCUGGAAUAAUCCCUAGAAAUUCAAGGCCUCCAGAGUCAGAUGAAGCAUUUGAAGCAACUACACAAUCUAUGGAGUGGGUUAAUGGUAGAACCCCUCACAUGAAACUUCCCAGGACGAAAGAUGUGAUUGUGAAUGGUCACACUGUCAAAGUGAAAUACUGUGACACUUGUUUGCUCUACCGCCCACCUCGUAGUUCGCAUUGUUCCAUCUGCAACAAUUGUGUCCAGAGAUUUGAUCAUCACUGUCCAUGGGUUGGUCAGUGCAUUGGAUUACGUAACUAUCGGUUCUUCUUCAUGUUCAUUUCAACAUCAACCAUCUUGUGCAUACAUGUCUUUGUGUUUUCUUUGAUCAGCAUUCUUAAAAAGGAUGCCAAUGUUUUGAAGGGUAUGCGACACGAUAUCCCAUCAGAUUUUCUCAUAGUCUACUGCUUCAUAGCUGUCUGGUUCGUCGGUGGUCUUACAGUUUUCCAUUUCUAUCUGAUUUGCACAAACCAGACAACGUAUGAAAACUUCCGUUACCAAUAUGAUAAGAAUGAGAACCCAUACAACAAGGGAAUGAAGAAAAACCUCAGAGAAGUUUUAUUCUCUAAGAUUCCGCAUUCUGUGAAUAAAUUCCGAUCAUUUGUGGAGGACGACGGACAUGCGGUUGUGGCAUUUGUGACUCCAAAUCUUGGGGAAGCUACUAUUAGCCCAAAGGAGAAAAUUGACAUUGAAAUGGGAACUAGGCGUGCAGAGAGCAGUGGUUUCUCGCUUCCAGAAAUUUUGCGAAAUUUGGACUAUGAUGAUUUGGAGGAGAAUAUGAAGAGUAUGGAGGAAGAACAAAGACCUGCUAUUGAUGCUUUGCCUGUUCAGCAGGAAUCAAAACAAUUUGUUCAAAGUUCCAUUGGUGAAGAUGGAGUGACAGAAUUCAUGCAAAACUCAUUAAUUGCAGAUGAAGUGACAAUGUCUAUUCAAAUAUCCUCUUCUGGUGAUGGAGCUGUAGAAUCUGACCAAAAGUCUGUAGCUGUCAAUGGAACUAAAGCAGUCGAGGAAACUGAUGAAGGAAAUAACCCGCACCAAACCAUAACACCAGUUUUCCAAGCAUAGAGGACAUUCUUCUGUGGCUUGUACAUCUAGAAGCAGACAAGGAUAUCUGUCUUUCUAGGAUUGUGAGUUCCCAAAUGCAGAGGUUAAAAUGAUGCGCAGGAAUGUUAAUUUUGCUGGAAAAGAAGAGGAGAUUGAUCCAUAGGCUUUUUCGUCAGUUAAGGUUCCACCUCUUCUGACUAAUGAUUGUAAAGUGUUGUUGGUUGUAAAGAAAGAAAAGGAAAGAUAAUACCAUUUGUAUUGAAAGAACACCCGAGAAAAUUCUCUCAGACGCUCUCUGAUUUUUUGAGGAACUUAGCGCACCUCCAUAAGUUUCUCUUUUUUGAAAGAAUUCUUAACGUCAACUAUAAAUUCUGUAAUUCCCAGCUAAAA